GAGGAAAACGUCUGAUUGAUGGACAGCCUUGAUAGGCACAGCUCGUUGAUAAUACAUGGUCUAGUCACCGCCUCAAGGCUCUGCGACACCGUACAAUAGCUAGCGAUGGACUGCGCUGAGCCUCACUCUCGGCUCUUCGAGCUUGAGAUCCUGUUCCAUUCCGACUUCUUUUCUGCACACAGCCGGGAUGACACGCAUCCCAUCAUAUGGAAUUGCUGUUCAAGACGGGUUCGGAUCUUUCUCGCAUUCUCUCAACGGCCUCUACUGUAUAAAUAGUCACCCAUCUCCCACAUGAUUUUUAUAAAUACGCCCACCAUGGCAAACUCGCCACCGACACACGAAUCGUAUCUCGUCAUUGGCGGUGGGACGGUCAUUGGACGCGCCAUCGUCUGGCAGCUGCUGCAACGCGGGGAGACGCAGAUCGCGGUGUUCGAUGGCCAGGAUCUUUCUCACCCGGAUAGCGUGAGAGAAUGGACGGAUCCGGAUGGUGGUUUGACGCGCGUGAGGAUCUACAUGGGCGAUUUGUCGAACGAGACCGAUGUAGCUGGUGUUCUCGCUGCUACUCAGGCGACGUGCAUAUUCACGACGGCCUUCCUCAAGCCCCUCGGAUCUCAUGAUGAUCCACGUACGUUUGCGCGUAAGAUCUGCGUCGAUGGAACUCGCACGAUCCUCCGCGCUAUCAAAGCUGGUUCUGGGAUAUCACGCAGGCUGGUGUUUCUCAGCAACGCCGGGAUAUUCUUCGACGGUACGGAGCGCACGGUAUUGAGUGAGAAGGAUGCAAGAUAUCAGGAUCCUGCGACGCAGGCGGAUUCGACGUUAAGUUUUCUUACUAUUGGUGAGAAGAUGGCACUCGAAGCGAACGAUUCGGGGGCGGAUGGACUGCGGACUGCGGCCAUACGGCCUGCUGACAUGUACAAUCCUUCAGGAAAGCUGCGCCAGGCUAUCCAGGAGGGUCUCACUGCGACCAAGCCCCAGUGGGUUACAGGCCCUGGCGUACAAACCGACAAAACGUAUUUCAAGAACGUAUCGCACGCUAUGUUGCUCGCGGCUGAUCGCCUCUCCCCGGCGCAUCCGCGACAUGCAUCUGUCGCAGGUCGCGGGUUCUUCGUCUCGGAUGGAAAACCAACGCCCUAUGCAACAAUUGUCCCCGCUAUUGUCGCUAAGCUGCAAGAUGGUCGGGGGGCUCCUGACCCUGAAUAUGGAAAGCAAACGAUGCUCGUGUUCUCCCGCAUUAACGAUUUCGUGGCACGCUGGAGAGGGAAUAACCCCCGCAUUUUAAUCAUCAGCGGAUGCAGUAUCUACAGGCGACUCGGACGUACGACAUAUCUUUGGCAAGAGAUGUGUUGGAUUAUGCCCCUCUCAUCUCGGCAGAAGAGGGCUUACAGAAAAUCGCUCAGUGGUACAUUGAUGACCAGCAAGCUAAACCGAAGGACGUAUCCCCUGAUGUCGGGCGGGAUUUGGAUCUGGAAUCUUUCACCGGGCACGGAUCCGACAUCAGAAUGCGGCGCACCACUCAGCGGUGAUACAAACAUUACGUCGACUGAUACUGUGCGAUCGCAUUCCCAGUUUCUUCAAUUGUAUUCAACUUUCGUGAAUGUAAAAAUGUCGAACAAGAGUAUCAGCCGAGCUAUGAACUCGAUCAGCCACGCCUACAUUCCCAUAAGACUCUUGGCAUUUCUCAAUCCCAGGAGAGCCGUAGGAACGAGGGGAGAGCCGGAGAGAAUCGGAGAGUUCCGGAGUGUCCAAGAUUCUGGGAAGGAAUUCGUGCGGUCAGCCAGAGGGUGUAAAAUAGGAAGCCCAGGUCGCUUGCGAAGGCCAAACUGCGCCCGCAGCCUUGAUGCCGAAGCCAGGGCUCGGAGUGUACGAGUAGAGCCCAAGGCAUUCGGAGGGAGGUGACCGACGAGCGCCAGAGAGUAUCGAUUUCGUAUCGUCUGGGAGCUCAGAGGUCGGAUUGAAGGAGAAAGUUCGUAG